AUGGCAGCCAUCGGUCCGUUCUAUGCGCAUAAAGAGACACGGUUGAAUCUCGAUCCAGCAACACCAGGCUCUACAGUUGCGAUUACUUUACCUGCGCAUGGAGCAACAACUUGGGCUUCAAGAAAAGCUCAGAAGCGAUCCCAUGUCGCCGAAGUCCCUAUCGCAGAGGAUGAAACUGCAUUCAGAAAGAACCACUUAGCUAUAGCAGCUUCGAUCUACCACCGACAGCACCACAAAUCACCAAGAAGCUUUCUUUGGAGGGUCCUGGAGGGUGGAAAAGUACUCUCGAUACGGGCGGUGGAUGUGUCUAGACAAACGAAUGCCCCAGAUGCGAACCUCACCUUACGUUUGACCUUUCCAAGUGCGAUCACACCAGGUUGUAUUGCAUUUUCGGAUUCGAGGGAACAUGAUGUUCUCAACGUAUUCGUUGUAACUGAGUCUCGUCAGCUUUACGCGCUCAAUUUGCGCCCAGACUAUUUUCGGAAGCCUUCGAGUACGGAAGAUAAUGUCAGAGAUUGGUGCAAGAUAUCCGUUCCUUCAUCGUUCGCUAUCGGACACCCCCACAGACUAGUCGCCUUGAGCGCGGAUGAACUUCUGAUAUCCUCUCCAAAUGGAGAACUCCAAAAGCUGACGAGGAAGUCCGCCGAUGGCUCCGAAUGGGACGUUGCUCACUACAAUGAUCGAAGCUUUCGGCAAAACAUCAGAAGCUGGAUACCUUUGCAUGGUAGUAAUACCAUUCGUUACGAUAAAGGGACUAUUGACCUAUCAACUGCUACCUCGAUAGCCUCAUCAUAUACAAUCAUCGAUGGGAUGCCAUAUGCCUUCACGGUCUCUUUGGACCACCAACUUCGAGUGUGGAAUCUCCAAACUAGAAAGGUUGCGUAUAUGGGAGACAUCCUCGAUCAAGAGCCUGGAUCUAAGGAGACUUCAAAGCGGGUGAUUGACCCCUCACACUCGCAACUAGUAAAGGUAUAUGGUGAAGAUGAGGGUGCCUUAUGCGUGACGUAUUCACCUCUUGGGAAUGGCCAAUUCAAGUUCUGGAGUAUUCAGUCAGCGGAGGAUGGUAACUUGGCAGUUACAGAUUUGUUCCCAGAAAACACCCUGGAACCCCAGGCCCCUACUUCUGAUCUCUGGACCUUGGCAGACUUCUCGGUUGUACAAGACCGGACGAAUACCGAAGGCUUCACUAUCUGGACCCUAUGGAAAAAUAACACAACCUACCGGAUUCAGAAACUAGAUUUUCGGAGUGCCUCUCCUGCACGCGUUCGCGAUGCCUGGAGCCAGGGAUGGACGGCCAUGGCCGCAGAGACUCUUCGCGAGACACCACUACCAACAGUGUUCCAAGGAGAUCCCUCAGAUGGGACAGACAAGUGGUUAGAGUUUAUCUUAACCCCGGGACGAUUUACUGAAGCCACCGUCGAGACCGGCCUUGCUAUCUACGAGGGUGGCCUGGGAACAAAAGAUUUAACACGCAAAUCUGGAACUUUGGCGGAGCGGAUGUGUUCCUCCAUAGCUUCAACAGUCUCUUUGGGCCGCGCGUCUGAUAGAAGUAUGGACUUUGAACAAUUCCGUGCUGCGACGGAUGCGCAAUGGCGUCGCUUUUACCGCCUCCUUAUCGAAUUGGACAAGCAGCGUGGCGAGGCGAUGUCGCUCGUUAUAGACCCUCAGGGCGAGAUGCCAUGGGUGGUAUUAGCAGAUGGGUUGACCGCAGUACGGGAUUGCAGUGCGUUGGAGCAAAUAUGGCACAAUCCAGAAAUGGCACCUUCAGGGACUGGGCAUGUGACGGCUUUGGUGAUUGCCGCAGCUGCCCUCCGAGAAUCAUUACCAGAUCAAUUUCAUCACAGCUGUAACGCCGCUGUGCUUGGGGAGCUUUUUGAAGAGCCAUCUCUUAUUGACCAGGCCAGAAUGAGAGCUUUUUAUGAUAAAUGCGACUUCGCCAAUCACAUCGGAGAUGAAGAAUACAACCAGCUCUUAGCCAAUCUAGGGGGUGGUUUCAAAGAUGUCACACCUCAGAUCUACGAAGACUUGCUGGAGUUGAUGAGCGCUUCUGAAGAUAUUGACAAAAGACCACAUCUGCUCCCUCUGGCGGAAUUUGGUAACAAGUUGAUUGUGAAGGGAGUGCAGGAGAUAAUUGAGCUACAUCGGAACAUCUGUCUUGAUCAGCUCGUCUUGCUGGUUCUCAUCGAAGCUGAAGUCAACCAUACAGAAGAUGGGAUCCAGUUUGAGACUGGUGCGGUUUUCAGACAGCUCAUCAUGAUGCUGCAGAGACUUGAGCUUAUCAGCUGGCUCGCAAAAACGCAGAUUUCUUUACCCUUGGCGCGAGAGCGCUCAAAUUCCAUUUCCGAAAAGUCUUCUAGUCUUACGAAAAAACCGAUACCAAGUACAGAAACAAUAACUGUCCUAGAAGGGGUCCUUCGGCAUCUCUUUGGACUUGACACCCGAAGCGAUGAAUCUAUGUCAUCAGCAUUGACAGAAGUCAUCAUCCAAAUCUGCGCUCCUGAUAGCGAGUAUGAAGCUCCACCAGCUGUCAUCCAAUGUUUCUUAUUAAAGUAUGGCCGAGCGGAUUUGGCCAUAGAAUUCUCCAGAUUCGCUGCAAACGAUGCCUUCUCUACUUAUGUCCAGGGCCGAGCAUGUCUCGCAUCCAACGAUGCAUCCACGGCGUCCAUGCUCUUUAAAAAGGCAGCCUUUGGUAUUGCAAACCCAGAUCCAGGGAAACGUAUUGAUUAUCGAAGCGCUGGGUAUCUGGAUGCAACUGAGAGAAACCUCCUGAAUGCCGGCAUGCCACAGUAUUACUCCCAUAUCGUGGCAUUGUACGACAAACAGAAAGCCUACUCCUUUGUUAUCGAUUUUGCAAGACUAUCACUCCAAUUCAUCAAGCCUGGCAUCAAUGACCCUCAAAGUAAUCAGCUUCGCACCGAAAUGCAUAGCCGCCUCUUCAACGCAGCAAUCCAAACAUCCCAUUACGAGCUAGCACACUCUAUCUUGGCACUCAUGACCGACCCUGCUCUUCAACACUCAUCCCUUCGCACUCUAGUCACAAAGAUGUGUGAAUCCUCCUACGCAUCCCAACUUACCGACCUCCCCUUCCUCGGCCUUCAAGAUACUGUGGACGAGAUCCUGGCUCAAAAAUGCCAAAGUAUUGUUGACGUCAACAUGGGUGUUCCAUAUCACAAAAUCCUCUACGCGUGGCGGAUCAAGCGUAGUGAUUUCCGAGGCGCCGCAGCCAUCUCACUUGAACGGUUACAGCGAUUACAGCAAUCCGGUGAUGGCGAUAAGACACUGGGGGGUGAUUAUCUCGAGACAGCUGUCACGAGACAGUAUGUUGCGCUUAUCAAUGCUUUGAGUUGUGUAGAUCCCAAAGAAGCAUGGGUUUUGGCAGAAGAACUCCCUCGUAAGCAAGCACCAGGAGUGAAGACGGCGCAGCCAAAGAGAAAGGUUGUCACGUUAGAAGACAUUAGGAAAGCCUAUCAGGAGGAACUGGACAGGAUAGCGGCGAUUGAAAAUAACCAGUUUGCAUUUGCGGGCGGGGAUGAGAUGGAUGUAUUAUGA